AUGGCCGAUGGAGUGAAAUUUGGUCGAUCGCGAGCAAGUAAAAUGGCCGACAAUCCAAAUCACGGCAUUUACCGCGGCCACCGGCUCAAAACACCUCAAUCAAGCAUCAACAUCGCAUCUAAAGAAGAAAAUCCGGAUUGGAACGAGCAGAAUUGGAGAAGGCCGAAGGAAGACGUCGAGGAAAUCUUCACGGUUCGAGCUGUAGUCCAUACCAUCACCAUCCGGUCGACCAAAACGGACGAAUCCAAUACAUCCGGGGAUUCGGUGGCAAACACCAUCAAUACUCGCGUCUAUGGAAGGCCUAUGAAUCCAAGCAACCGGGGAUUCGGUGGCAAACACCAUCAAUACUCGCGUCUGUGGAAGAUCCAAGCAAAACCUCUAUAA